UGAACAACGCCUACCCGAAACGUAUCGGUUCAAUCGCUGACAUUGAUCCUGCAAAUGGCAUUUAUAGCUCGUUGGCCGGCGAAUCGGCAUCGCAUCAUCAGUUACAUCAGCAGCAGUCACAACAGCAGCAGCAACACCAACAACAACAACAACAGCUAUUGCAUCAGCAGCAGCAACAGCAUGCGCUUCAUCAGCAACAGCAGCAACAACAUCAGCAACAGUAUUAUCAGCAAAUGAUACAACAACAAUCAAAGUCAAGUCUGCGUGUCUACCGUGCUCUAUACGAUUAUGAAGCCCAAGAUACCGAUGAAGUGAGCUUCCGUGAAGGUGAUGUUAUAUUUGAAGUAGAAUCAGCCGAUUCUGGUUGGAUGACCGGACGCGUCGAACGCACUGGCAAAACCGGUAUGCUGCCCGCCAACUAUGUGGAGCAAGCCGUUAUAUAAUAGGGAAUGUUAUAUUAUUGUUGUUGUCAUCACCAAUUUGUUCUGAUAGCAAUAAUGAUUAUGAGAAUGAACACUUAAAGAAUUUCGAUGAUGACAAUUAUCACAGCCACAAUCACCAUAAUCAUCAUCAUCAACAUCAUCAUAAUAAUCAUUAUCAUGAGCCACACAACUCUAGGGACAUGAAAUCCACUACUAAUCAAAAGCCGAGCAAUCAACCGCAAGUCGAGACUGAUUUUUAUUAUUACUUUAAUCAUGUCUUUUGAUUUUGUCUUUUUACAUAAUUUCGGUUUUCAUCAUCUCUACGCCAAGCGAAUUUCACUUAAAUUGUGAAUGAACGAAUUGAAUUGAAUUGAAUUGGAUUGGCCCACUUUCUAACAGCGAAAGUGUAGUGUUAAAUGUCCCUAGGUAUGCAUUUGGCACAUAAAUAUUCAAUAAUUAAUUAUACAUAAUUAAAUGCUCCUGACAAGGAGUUAAAACAGGACGAAUGAAAUGAAGGUAGCGUAAAUGAGAGAAAGCAGCACCAACACGCAAUUAUUGUUGUU